UCGCUAGCGAACCGUUCUGGAAUACGUAAUGUCGCCGUUCAAUUUCGCUGAGUAAGUCCGGUUUUGUGCGUUCCAGAAACGUCUUGCACUCGGGUAUAUAAACCAGCCACUCCCUUAGGUAGCCAUCAUUGCUUUUGGUUUCGCAUACAGCUUUGACAACCAGUUUCAACGAGCACCCUGCACCAGAAUCCAGAAUCUACGAUACGCGAUACUGAAAAAAAUCAGCUAGCUUGCUGCAAUUCGCAAAGGGUGAAUAUAUUCUUUUAAAAUAUACAUAAUAAAUAGCCAAGAUGUCUAUGACCGUGAAAGCAUACCUGAAGCGUGGAGAGAAUGCCAACGCAGAGAUCCGUCGUUUUGUUAUCGACGUUGCCGUAUCUUCAAACUACGAGUACCUUUCUAAGAAGGUAGCCCAAGUAUUCCCAUCACUGGGUGAUCCUGACUACUUCAGUCUCUCAUGGAAAGAUUCUGAGGGGGACAACAUCACAUUCUCCAGUGACGAUGAGUUGGUAGAGGCUCUUGGUCAGAUCAAUGAUGACACCUUCCGCAUCUAUGUCAAAGAGAAGAAGAGGUGUCGCCGUGAGAACCGUGACGCUCCAUCUCCUGGUACUUCUACCGAUGAUGGAGCUGGUCAAGAGGAGCAAGCAUAUCAUCCAGGUGUGAUCUGUGAUGGCUGCGAGAGUCGCAUCCGUGGCCCACGCUUCAAGUGCAUCACAUGCCCCGACUAUGACCUGUGUAAGCAGUGUGAGUCUAGAGGUAUCCACCCUGAGCACAGCUUCGUCAAGUUCCGCAAGCCCCAAGUUGGACGUAGCCACCAUGGUGGAUUCUUCAACAGACCAGGGAUGUUCCGUCCAUUUGGUCAUCCCGGUUGGCGUCACUGGUGGCGUCACCAGCAGCAGCAGCAGCAAGGUGGUGAUGCGUCAACUACCCAAAAUGAGCAGACCCAGGGAACCCAGGGUCCUCAGAUAAACGUAGGCUGCACCAUGGGGCCAGGUCUCUUCGGCGGCCCUCCCCCACCCCCACACGGGCCUCACAUGCCACCCCCACCCCCACACGGGCCUAACAUGCCACCCCCACCCCAUGAGUUCCUGAGGGACAUCGGACAGACUGUGGCACAGAUGCUUGAUCCUCUUGGUAUUGAUGUUGACAUCGACAUUGACAACCAGGGCAAUCGUACACAUUGCGCCGGCGAACCAAACUUCUGUGGCGGUGGCGGCAACGGACAUGGACGUGGCAAACACGGCCGUCGUCAUGGGGGCAAAGGUCAUCGUGGAUGCCGCAAGACGUGGGCUGGAUGUGAGCAGGGAUCAUCCAUGGAUGUAGGCCAGGAGGCGGAGCCAGCUCCAUCAGGAGCCGCAAGGAGCCAGGAGAAGAGUGGAGAGGCUGGAGGAAACACACAGAACAAAGAGCAAGAUGCCACUCAGAAACAACCAGAAGGAACUGCAGAGCCAAUGGAGACAACUGUGAAAGAUGGAUCAGCCGCAGCGCCCAAUCAAAGUCCAUCUGGGAGCGAUGAUGCUGACUGGACCUUGCUGGAGAAUGCAGGAGGAAAACCUAGCGCACCCUCGCAGAAUCCCCAGGAAGAUCCAUCCUACCAGUACCAGACUGCUCUGAAUCAGAUGGGAGCCAUGGGUUUCGACAACGAGGGCGGUUGGCUGACCAGUCUCCUGGAUGCCAAGGGUGGUGACAUUGUCCGUGUCCUCGAUGCCAUCAAGAUCGGCAACCAGCCGUCGUUCAGUGGCAACUCCAAGUAAAGCGGUUGCUAGCUCCUCCAGAAAGAGUUGAUUGUACCAUUAAUGUAGUCGGCUUAAAAAUGUUUAGUCCUGUAUAUCUUUGACCUGUUUCUUCGAGAUCUCUUUAUAGCUCCCAAUACUGAUGUAUAUUCUAGGCCGUAUCAAUUCAUAUUCAAAGGUGUAUAUAGCACAAAAAUGAUCCUUUAAAAAGACCCCCGAUGUUUCACACUUUCAAGAACAUUUUCUACAAAAUAUGACCACUUUCUGCAUGAAAUCGUGUACAAGAUAGCUUUGAAUAUAACAUAAUUGUUUGGCUUAUCAAGUUCACACUGGUUAGAAAGUGUCAUAUUAUUGCAAAAUAUAUGUACACAUUCCUCCUUUGCAAAUAUUGUGAAAAUAUUUAUGACCCCUUUAUCAUGAAAUUUCUUACUAUUUAAUAAAAUUUGCCCUUUUUCAUAUCCAAUCCAAAUAAAAUAAAGAAAGUAUUUUCAAUUGCAAGAAUAGUUAUAUUUUUGCAAAUCUCCCCCCCCCCCCAAUUACCCCUUAUAUCACAACAUUUCUAACUAAAGUCGGUUUGAAGUGAUACAUCUAGGUACACAUUAAACUAUUAUGGAAGGCCUCUCCAAUUUAUUAUCAGCCAUCAGAUCUCAUUUGAAGUUUAUUCACAUUUUGGAAAUCAAGUGUUUGAUUAUUUUUCUGGAACCAAGAAAUUAAGAAAAAGAGUUUAACAUAAUGUAAAAUUAAUACUUCUGUUCGAUUGCUUCAUUAGUCAAUUUAGUAUUCUGAUAAAGAUAAUUUAAGUUUCCUUUUUUGUGAACAUUUUUGGAUAACAGGGUUUUUUAGGCCCAAAGUCUCAUCAAAGAUGAUACAAUUUGUGAAGUGCUAUUGCUUUUGAAGGAACAGGUCAUAUAUGCUUAAUGUGUAUGGUAUGAUAUAUAUAUAAAUAUUUGUGAUAUCAAUUAAAGUUAUACAUUUGUUGCAAUAUAAAUUCCUCUUUAUCUUUGAUAUUCAAGCAGAUUUUAUACAAUAAUUCUAUUCAAAGUAACUUAUAUUUUUAUGACAGUGAUAUAUCAGAUCAGUGGAAUACACCAUCUUUUAUGAAGGCCAGUGAAGUGUUACACGAUCAAAGAUAAUAUAAACUUUAACCUGUCCUGUGUCUACAGGGUUUUAAACAAUUCUCAUUUGUGAAAUUCUUCAGAUGUUCGAAUUCUGAAAUGUUGGAUAUUUCACUGUAAUUUUUUUUCUAAGAAUGUAAUCAAUGGCACUUAAGUUCACCAAAGGCUACCAUUUUUGUUUCAGGGGGAAUUAAAUUCAAAGGGUGGGAUUUGCCACCCACUGUAUAAGUUUUCCAUCCACAACUGAAGUUGGUAAAAAGUGUAAACUUCACGUCAAAGCAAUGCUACGAGUAUAUACAGAUAUCUCUGUUCCAUCUCUCACCAUACUCUCGUAAUCUGAGAUAUAUUGAAAUAACCACUGGAAUAGAGGUGAAGAUUGGAACAAAUGCAUAACUUUUUUGAUGAUCUGAAACAGCCCUCUUUCUUGACAAUGCCUUAGCUGGUCUGGGCUUUGUCGUAGCAUGCAUGCCAACAUUUGUAAUACCCCCUUGGGCCAUUUCUCCAGGCCCCUUUUCAUAAUGAUUUCUUCAUCCCCCCCCCCCCCCAUUCCAUAUUUCUUGAGAUGUGUAAUCUCCUAUCUAUGUCAAGUUAGUCCAUGAAUUUAUCACUUUCAUUAAUUGUAAGAAGAACAGGCAUAUAGAAAAAUAAGUUCAGUGACAACCAAACUUUAUUACAAGUUAAUUUGAUGAUUAUUAUCGAAUGAGGAGGGUAAAUUGAAGUGUAUUAAUGUGCGCAUGCAUAUUGUAUACACACUACGCGGCAUGUGUUAUUGCUUUCAAAUGUUGGCAUGUAUUCUUCUAGAAUAAGUGCUCAUGGUGUUUGUAUGCGUAUAUAUCCUUUGACCCCAGUUAUAUAUAUUUUUGUGUGAAACUUUGUUUUCUUGCACGAUUGGUAUAUACACUUGUGUAAAGACAAUUCCUGUAUCUACCAUUCUUAGAGGGCUAAUUGUACUGCACUAACUUUAUUUUAAUGAAUUCAUAUAUGUAUAAAUCAUGCAGAAAUAAAAAGCUUGUGGUAUCAUAAUGACCAACAUUUUAACCUACAUGGUAGAUACAACUAUGAAAAUAACUUUUUAGUGGUUACUUUACUAAUUUCUAUGUUAAGUGCAUAGUUUCUUCAUCACAUGCUAUAGCUGGUACAGUUAGAAUUAAUUACCAUCUCGUAAUUUACAGAUACAUUUUAUAAAAGAUACCAAAUGCAUUCAUUUCAUAAAGAUAUUACAAUUUUAAAGUCGACUUGUCCUGCAAUAAAUACCUAUGUCUUGUGUAAAAUCAA